ACCUUGCUUUUCAAUCUACUUUCAGCAAAUUAAUACUGACAGAAGUUAUUAAGCUUUGCAGGUUUCAUAUUUAGCGAAUAGGUUGAAGGGAUUGAAAACUUGAUUAACUAAAAAGUUUCUUGAAUUUCUGGUUAACUGCAAAUUCGAAAAAAUUAUCAACCUUGAUUGUCUAUCAGUUGCUCUUCAUAACUAAAUUAAACUAAACAAAAGUAUGAAUGCUCGAGGAGGUACCAUUUUCCGCCAGCUAUUUGACCGUUCCUGUUGUUGUUUCACCUAUUUGAUUGGCGACAAAUAUCAAAAAACCGCUCUUCUCAUUGAUCCUGUUCUGGAACAAGUUGAUCGAGAUCUAAAAUUAGUCAAAGAACUUGGACUUGAAUUGAAAUAUGUUUUGAACACUCAUGUUCAUGCUGAUCACAUCACUGGAUCUGGACUAAUCAAAGACAGAUUAAACACUAAUGGCAAAUUACAGGUGCUGAGCAUAGUAUCUGAAUCGAGUGGUGCUGAAGCAGACAUUUGUGUUGACGAUGGGGAAGUUAUUGAUUGUGGCUUAGUCAAGCUGAAUGUGACUUAUACUCCAGGUCAUACCAAUGGCUGUAUGAGUUUGAUUGAUCACUACAAUAAACGAGUAUUCACUGGCGAUGCGCUAUUUAUUAGAGGCUGUGGAAGGACUGAUUUUCAAGAAGGAUCACCAUCCAAGCUUUAUGAUUCAGUCCAUUCUAGGCUCUUCACAUUACCAGAUGACUACAGUGUUUAUCCAGCUCAUGAUUACAAUGGCCACACAAUGUCAACCAUUGGGGAGGAAAAAAAGUUCAAUCCAAGGAUGGUGACAUCCAAGGAAGAGUUCAUCGAGAUUAUGGAAAAUUUAAAUCUUGAUUAUCCUAAAAUGUUAGAUGAAGCGGUUCCUAAAAACAUGAGGUGUGGAAGUUGAAGGGCUAUGGUUAAAGGUAACUUUGGAUGAUUUGUUGGCUGUUGCACUUUUAGACGUUUAUUCAGUUGAUUAGUUAUGAAUAUAAAAUGGGUUUCAAAAAUAAUUCAAGUUACACUAGAUUUAAACAUUGUAAUCCAGAGUAUUUAAUAAACAGGGCAGUUUGAUUGGUUGCUUGGUAAUGGCAGAUUGUGAAUAAGUCACCUUGACUAUUUCGGCACAACAUCUGGUGGAGGAGGAUUUCCAGAAAUCAUUGAAGCAAUAUUCCUAACCAGUUCCUUCCUCACUUCAUCAGGAACUAACGCACGAGCGUCCGGAGCGAUGUUCUUAACCAUUGCGUCCACAGCAGAAUCUGUCGAUAAAGAAUCUAAAUCCUUUCCUUUGAUGUAAUCUUUACACAUUUCAGCCACUUUCUCUUGGAACUGUGAUUCGACCAACCUGCUUUGGAGCAACCUUUUAAGUUCAUCUCUUUUUCCGGUUUCUUCUAGCUUUUGGUGUGCUUUAGCACGUACUUCUUCAUUCACAGGAUCCAUGAUGUUGAACCAAUUAAUUACUGUAAAAUGUCGAUCACAAAACAAGUAGAAAUUUAGAGAAAAAUCUAAUCAGUAGAAGAAUUGGAUGAAUUAGAUGUUAGAUGUAAACCUUGCCACUUUUAAAGUCAACACCAGUUAAUUUAUGUCAGUUAAAUAAAAUCAAAUUAAUCUGA